AUGGCGCACACAUGCCAGAGCUGUGGCAAGGCCUUCAAGUCACCGGUCUCUCUGCGCCAGCACGCAGAGUCUACCGGCCAUCACUCCGCUGCAGGUGUCGCCAACUCCGCAGGCACAGACAAUGACACCCCCUCAAUGUCGUCGAGCUCAGCUCUUACACCUGGCAGCGAGGAAGACGGGCUGGCGAGCACUCUCAGCGGCUUGAGACUCGAUUCCCACGUGGAAGACGACAUCGAAAUCGACAUGCCCCUGGACCGCUUUUUUCGGUCCUUCGACGCGUUCAAAAAGUACGACCCCUCGACUCCGCCGUCCGUCAGCUUCUCGCAGCUCAGGAACCACCUCACCAGCACGCUCGGCUAUCACGAGAUGGAAGCCCUGCGCAAGCGCUUCCACAGGGCGAUCGACAUGGAGCUCGAGGAGCACUAUGGCAGGCACAACGACCUGGCUGCGUGGCAGGAACUGUGUCGUGUGGUGGUGGCGUCAGGAGCUGGUGAAACGGGCAAGUCGAUCACGGGUUGCAAGAAGAUCCUACAGGCCGUCAAUAUCAACAUCUUCGACCUCGUCCACUUCGCCCGUCGCUCUCUGGUACAUCGCACUUCUCCCGAAGCAGCCGCACAACCCCUCUCCAGCAUCAAGACCUUUGCGAGCGUCAAGGCGCUCAAGACGUACUCGAAGAAGCAGAGCAAGGUCUUCCCGCUGGCCGGAGGAGCGAGGGUGAAUGGGGACCAGAGCGCCGCGCUCAAGGCGUUCCUGCGGCCGUUCAAUCGUUGA